UGUCACCUACUGCUGUUGCUAAUAAGUCCAGGUUGCUCACUGCUCAGGUGGACUAGAACUAGCAGUUAAUUAAUAAAAAAUAAUCCAUUCUAGUCCGUAAUGAUGUGUUUAUUGUACAAUGUCUUACUUUUAAAAAAGAGUUAGGAAUUUAAUUUAUUUGCAUAUUUUUCAUGAAUAACUAGCCAUGGCAGAAAUUAGGCCUAAACAAGAUGUUGAAAUGAAAGGUUGGCUUAUGAAGUGGACCAAUUACAUUAAAGGUUAUCAAAGAAGAUGGUUUGUUCUGUCAAAUGGAUUACUCUCUUAUUACAGGAAUCAGGCAGAGAUGGCGCACACAUGUCGAGGCACCAUCAGCCUGCAUGGCGCUUUGAUUCACACGGUGGACUCUUGUACCUUUGUCAUAUCUAAUGGUGGCACUCAAACAUUCCAUAUCAGAGCAGCCAAUGAGGUGGAGAGACAAAGAUGGGUCACGGCGCUAGAGCUGGCCAAGGCUAAGGCUAUACGAGCAAUGGAGUCCGAGGAUGAAGAAGACGUAGAGUUUGAUCAUGCUCACAAAAGGGAGAUGGAAAGUGCAAUAAAGUGUCUGAACAGUAGACUGGAGGACUUGCAGACGUGCAAUGAGUUGAUCAACCGCCACGGAGGUACUUUGCAACGCUCUCUCUCCGAGCUGGAAUGUCUAGACAACGCCCAGGACAUUACCACCAAGAUGAAGGCAAUCAAUGAGCGAGCAACCCUGUUUAGGAUCUCAUCCAAUGCAAUGAUCAACGCUUGCGCGGAAUUCCUAGAUUUGGCUCAAUCCCAGGGUCAGAAGUGGCAGAAGAUGUUGCAGCAUGAACAAGACCAAAGGCAGCGCCUGGAGGAAAUCAUAGAACAAUUAGCAAGACAACAAAACAUCUUGGAGCAAGCGGCUAAAACGCAUCAAAUGCAAGCAAGUUUGUCAGCUUCAUCAGAUGAAGAGGACGAAGAUGGAGCGCAAUUUUUCGACGCCGAAAGUGACCAGAAACAAAACUCUCAUCUUUCAUUAGUUCCACCUAUGGAAAAACCUACCAAACCCUUGCCUCAGCUUCUUGACACUCAGGGGGAUGAAGCAUCUGGCUCGAGUAGUGACGUUGAUGAACAAAAUGAACAAAAGACCAAUCCUGAGGCUUCUACCCAGGGUAAAAAGAAACAUCUUAUAUCAAACCUCAGGAAAACCAAAGAAAAGAAGCCAUCUAAAGUAAAACAAACAGUGCCUUCACAACCAAUCAAGCCUGCCAAAGAAACUUCAUCUCUCCAGUUAGCUACUUACAGUUCACCCCUCCAGGAAAGCGAGGUCCUCACUGAGACCCAAGCCUUGUGUAGAUCUAUCGCUAGACCAGGUCAUCGUAGGACCAGGGUUCCUGACCGUCCCAACAGCUCCCUCAAUCUCUGGAGCAUCAUGAAGAAUUGCAUUGGGAAAGAGCUCUCCAAAAUUCCUAUGCCUGUGAACUUCUCAGAACCGUUGUCAAUGCUGCAGCGGUUGACAGAAGAUUACGAGUAUGCGGAUGUGUUGGACAGGGCUGCGGAAUGCUCAGAUUCUACAGAGCAGAUGGCGUAUGUAGCUGCGUUCACGGUGUCCAGCUACUCCAGCACUGCGUACCGCACUGGCAAACCCUUCAACCCUCUACUGGGCGAGACGUACGAGUGUGACAGGAGGGAUGAUCUUGGAUGGAGGGCUAUUUCCGAACAAGUAUCCCACCACCCACCAAUGGUGGCCCAGCACUGUGAGGGAAAGAAGUGGGUCUGCUGGCAAGAGUUCACAAUGACAUCCAAGUUCCGAGGAAAAUAUCUACAAGUCGUGCCUAUGGGUAUUGCCCAUUGUUACUUUCCAGAGUCUGGCAACCACUAUACCUGGAGGAAGGUGACAACAACUGUUCACAAUAUCAUCGUGGGUAAACUAUGGCUGGACCAGCACGGAGACAUGGAGAUAUUCAACCAUAAGGAUGGCACUAGGUGCAAACUGAGCUACAUCCCUUACAGUUACUUCACAAGGGAUGUGCAACGCAGGGUAACGGGCAGUGUAAGAAACAAGCAUGAAAAGUCCAAAUGGCUGAUCAAAGGCACUUGGGAUGGCCAAAUAGACAUUGCACCUGUCACAUCAGAAGACUUGAAUGCAACACCACCUUACACAGCUGGACCAUACGUCACUGCUUGGAAGAGAAAUGAUCCACCGGUGGAUCAUGAGAAGUUCUACAAUUUCACGCUGUUAGCUUGCCAACUGAAUGAAAUGGAGGAAGGCAUUGCCCCAACUGACUCUAGGCUACGGCCUGACCAAAGGCUCAUGGAGGAGGGUCGAUGGCAGGAAGCCAACCUGAUAAAACACGAGUUGGAAGAAAAACAGCGAAUGGUUCGACGGCAGCGUGAGAAUAACGCAGAGCAAGCCGCAUCUGAUGGAUCCCCCUAUUCUCCCUAUGAGCCACUGUGGUUCAAGAAGGAGAUGGAGCCUGCUACAGGCAAUCUUGCCCACAUCUACAAAGGAGGCUACUGGGAAGCAAAAGAGAAGCAGGAUUGGUCUAUGUGUCCUGAUAUAUUUUAAACAUUGUGAUAUUCUUUACGCUUGAGCACUGUCUUUUUGUUGUUUUAACCCUUUAAAACCACCUAUAAUAGUUAUUUUAGCAGUAUUUUUGUAGCUUGUUCUUGUUGCCAUUGUUUUGUUUGUUGUUGUCCGUUUGACCUUUCCUAGUGCAAUAAUUUGUUUUCGUGAUAACUGUGUUAAAUUAUUUAUCUGCUUAGUACAUUGGUGCUCGAGCUUGCAUAUAAAUGUACAGAGAGUAUAUAGAAUUGAAUAAAGUUAUACGUCUUUGUUCUGAUA